GGUGUAAAUCAAUAUUCGUGAACUAAAAUGAAAAGUAGAAUAAUAAUUUUUGUGAGUGUGAGCGAGAGGGAAAGCAGGAAAACAAAUGGCGGUGGUUUCCAUGGCAUUGAGCGUCAACAAUCCCACCUUCCCCAAUCGUUGCCAAAUUAACAGGCGUGGUGGAAUGGCGUUUGCAAGCUUGAGCAAUCAAAAAGGUGCAUCUUUGGGAGUGCGACUGACAGAGGGAGAGGGGAAUUUGCCCAAGCUUGUGCUCUCUUCUCCGGCUGGUAGUGUGUGCAGUGAAGCUGAGAUAUACCUCUACGGAGGGUGCAUUACCUCUUGGAAAGUUCCCGGUGGCAAGGACCUCCUCUUUGUUCGCCCUGACGCUGUUUUCAACGGGAAGAAACCGAUAAGUGGAGGCGUUCCGCAUUGUUUUCCACAGUUUGGUCCCGGUCCAAUUCAGCAGCAUGGGUUUGCACGGAAUGUGGAUUGGACUCUUGUUGAUUCUGAGAACGCAGAAGGAAGUCCUGUUGUAACUAUGGAACUGAAGGAUUCUCCUUAUAGUCGUGCUAUGUGGGAUUUCAGCUUCCAUGCUUUAUUCAAGGUCACACUAAAUGCUAAAAGUCUUUCAACCGAACUAACAGUUAAAAAUACAGACAGUAAAGCAUUCUCAUUUAGUACCGCCUUGCAUACUUAUUUUCGAGCUUCUGCUAGUGAUGCAUCAGUAAAGGGGUUGAAAGGUUGCAAAACUUUGAACAAAGAUCCAGAUCCUAAAAAUCCGGUGGAGGGUAGGGAAGAGAGGGAUGUGGUUACUUUCCCUGGAUUUGUAGAUUGUGUUUACCUUGAUGCUUCCAGUGAGUUGCAACUUGACAAUGGUUUGGGUGAUCUAAUAUCUAUCAAGAACACAAAUUGGUCAGAUGCUGUGUUGUGGAAUCCUUAUCUUCAAAUGGAGGCAUGUUAUAAAGAUUUUGUUUGUGUCGAAAAUGCUAAGAUUGGAAGUGUCCAGCUAGAGCCAGAACAGACUUGGACAGCUGUGCAGCACCUUAGCACAGCUUGAAUUGUAAAUGUGCUUCUACAUCAUCGGUUAUUUUUUUAAUUUGAUAGGCCAAAAGUAUGUAUCUGCUGUAUAAAUAAUUUUCUAUGCCACUACUAGUAAGCAUAAUGUAUGAGAUAAACCUUGUCUAAAUCUCAUUACAUUCAUAACAUUAUUAUUAUUGUAACAACAAAAAGGAAAUAAUAAUUUUCUCUUCCUUCUAUAGA